AGUCUCCUCUUACGACAAGCAAGGGAUACUGAGGACCUAUUCUAACCCGGAUCCCCUGUCCAUUGCCUUCCCCAUGUAACAACACACUUGUGAUACAGCAGAUCUUUUAAGAUGGACGAAAAAGAUUCAAAGAAGACGAACAUGAACUCUGAGGACUCCUCAAUAAACAGCAGGGGCCAUUGGGACAGUAAAAUGGAGUACAUUCUGACAAUGGUGGGGCACUGCGUCGGCCUUGGAAACAUCUGGCGGUUUCCAUAUCUGUGUAUGAGAAAUGGAGGUGGUGCCUUUGUUGUGCCGUAUGUGGUGUGUUUAGUGAUCUACGGACUUCCGCUUUAUUUCCUUGAAGUGUCCAUCGGACAGUUUUCCGGAAAAGGAUUUUUUCAUGUUUGGAGUGUGUGUCCUCUUUUCAAAGGUAUUGGAGUGGGCAUGUUCAUUUUCAAUUUAGUCGUCAUUUUCUAUUACAACUUGAUCAACGCUUGGGCCCUUUAUUACAUGGGGAGUUCAUUUUAUUCGCCUUUACCCUGGACUAACUGCGAUAAUGAGUGGAAUACCAAACACUGCAUCACGGAGUCCUACACUUCUGAUACCAACAACUCCACUGUGAUAUUGAAUAAUUCCUCUUUGGUAGUCAAUUCCAGUAAUUCCAACGAUUUGGAUUGGCUAUUGAAUACAUCGGCUAUUCUUCAUGGAAGGGUAAAUGAAAGCAUAGUCCAAACCACAUCACAAGAAGAAUUCUGGUUCAAACGUGUGUUGCACUUGUCGGACGGUCUACAUGAGAUGGGAGAUCUGGAUUGGCGCCUGGCCGUCAGUUAUCUAGCAGCAUGGAUUGUCGUCUGCUUAUGUCUCAUAAAGGGGAUUAAAUCAGUCGGAAAGGUUGUGUACGUGACAGCCCUGCUACCGUACGUCCUACUUAUUGUAAUCCUUGUCCGGGGACUAAUGUUACCCGGGGCCAUCGACGGAAUCAUUUUCUACCUCAGACCAGAGUUCCACAAAUUGGCGGAUCCACAGGUGUGGUUGGAGGCAGCUUUACAGGUGUUUUAUUCGCUGGGACCGGCUUGGGGGCCUGUGAUUACACUAGCCAGCUACAACAAGUUCAACAACAACUGCUUCAGAGAUUCUUUCCUUUUGGUAUCCAUUGCUGAGGGUACCAGUUUGUUUGGAGGACUAGUUGUAUUUACCGUGAUUGGAUACAUGGCUAAAUUGGCUGAUAAACCUAUACAAGACGUCGUACAGGCAGGUCCUGGAUUAGCCUUUCUGGCGUACCCGGAGGCUCUGUCCACUUUACCCCUUCCAAAUGUCUGGACGACAGUAUUUUUCCUCAUGCUUUUCAGUGUAGGAAUAGACAGUCAGUUUACAUCGGUAGAGGCGUGUUUAACCACCGUCUGUGACGUCUACCCCAGCCUCCGGCGCCGACGGGAGAGUGUGUCCAUUCUGUUCAGUGUCUUUGCUGUUACUGCCGGUCUCAUUCUAUGCACACGCGGAGGCCUGUAUGUAUUUCAACUGAUCGACUGGUACAUUGCCAGCCUGUCUUUACCGUUAUUUGGACUAUGCGAAUGUCUUGUUUUUGGAUGGAUAUAUGGUGCAGAGAUGCUAUCACGUGAUAUUGAAAUCAUGAUUGGACGGGGGGUGCCAGUCUAUAUGAGAGUCGCCUGGUGUUUCGUUAAUCCCGCCCUUUUAUUGGCUAUUCUGGGUACAUCCCUGUACCUAUACACCCCUCCAGUCGUCGGAGAGUACGUCUACCCUCCCUAUGGUCGAGCUAUCGGCUGGGGCAUCGCCGUACUACCUUUGUUACCACUUCCUAUCUUUGCCAUUAAAGCAAUUAUGGAGGCUCGAGGGGACACAUUUUAUGAGAGAUUACGAGCUUCCAUGCGUCCGUCGGUGGACUGGAAACCCGUGUGUACCUCUGAGCAUGGAAAAACAGAUCGGAGCUACCGGGGAGAGGAUGUACACUGGUGGAUCCAAGAUAUCGCAAAAGAAGGUCCAGUUCAAAAUGUCUUUCUCCAUGUUGAUGUGAACACAGGAGACUUUUGGACCACAAUACUCACCUGAGCAGUAGCAAUUCAAUGCAAAAUAGACCCCUAUUGCAGUUAUGGUGUCAAUAAAAUUCAAUACACACCGCAAGAGGAUGUUUCAAUGUUGAUUUGACAAAUAGUGAUUUUGUGGUUCUUAAGAAAAAACUUUGAUACAAACUUUCAGUAUAUUACGAUCCGCGUUACCCUUUGGGGUCACAUAUUUGUCUUUAAUUAUGACAUCAUAAUCCUAUGGAGUUUAAUAUUAUGGCGAAAUAUUCUUCGUCGUUAUUCCAAUACUCUUGAAACGUGUAAGACUUUUGGAGGAAAAUAAACCAUACGUGCACCAGC